AGGUUCAAAAUGUUGUUCAUAUGAAAAUUAACGAAAUGAGUGACUUCGAAUUCGAUUUUGAAGAAAGCAGCACUUUUAAUGACGGUUUUUCAGAUGAGGAUGACGAUAUUGAAGUUGAAAAUAUUUCUUUUAACCAAAAUUUUAUUAUUAGUACCUUACCUUUUAUGAAUCGCGACGAUAAUGUAGACUGGAGUGAAAUCGAAACCGAGAACUUGAGCUAUGAAGAAGAACAAACUUCGCAG